AUGGCGCUGUGUCUGGGCGAGGUGGCGGCGGUGGGCGGGAGCCGGCUGAGGCGGCAGCUGGAGUCCGGCAGCUACGCGGCCGAGGAGUACGUGAAGGUCCUCUCCCAGCAGUCGGACGGCGACCGGGACCUGCAGGAGCACCGGCAGCGCAUCCAGGCGCUGAGCGAGGAGACGGCGCAGAGCCUCAAGCGCAACGUCUACCAGAACUACCGGCAGUUCAUCGAGACGGCCCGCGAGAUCAGCUACCUGGAGAGCGAGAUGUACCAGCUCAGCCACAUCCUCACCGAGCAGAAGGGCAUCAUGGAGGCCGUCGCCCAGGCCCUCCUGCAGCAGGCCAGCACCGCCGACCGCGACGACCCCGCCCUGGGGGGCGCCCGGCGCGCGGCCGCCGACCCCCACGCCAACCCUUUCCUGCCCCUCUCGGCCAAGGACGCCGCUGCGAGCGAGGAGGGCCGGCAGCGGACCCUCACGACCCUCCUGGAGAAGGUGGAGGGCUGCCGGGACCUGCUCCCCGAGAGCCCCGGCAAGUACCUGGUCUACAACGGUGACCUCGUGGAGUACGAUGCGGACCAUAUGGUCCAGGUGCAGAGGGUGCAUGCCUUCCUGAUGAACGACUGCCUGCUGGUGGCGGCCUGGCUGCCCAACCGGCGCGGCGCUUACCGCUACGAUGCCCUGUACCCGCUUGAUGGCCUGGCGGUGGUCAACGUGAAGGACAAUCCGCCUAUGAAGGACAUGUUCAAAUUGCUUAUGUUCCCCGAAAGCCGCAUCUUCCAAGCUGAGAACGCCAAGAUCAAGAAAGAGUGGCUGGAAGUGUUGGAGGAGACCAAGAGGAAUCGUGUCCUCAGUGAGAAGCGAAGGCUGGAACAGGAGGCCCCCUCACGGGCUCCUCCCCCAACUCUACCAGAGGCCACCAAUCCUUUUGAGGUGGAUGAGGAAGAGGAGGCAACUCCAGAAGAAGAGAUGGUGGAUCUGUCUCUAGAAUGGAUUCAGGAGUUGCCUGAAGAUCUAGAUGUCUGCAUCGCUCAGAGAGACUUUGAAGGAGCCGUUGACUUGUUGGAUAAGCUGAAUGAGUAUCUGGGAGAGAAGCGUGUGACACAGCUAGUCAGGGACUUAAGAGCCAAAGUGGACGAAAGAAUCCGGCAGCUCACGGACGUGCUGGUGUUUGAGCUGUCUCCGGAUAGGUCUCUGCGAGGCGGGCCCAGAGCUACACGGCGGGCUGUUUCCCAGCUCAUCCGCUUGGGUCAGUCAACCAAGGCAUGUGAACUUUUCUUGAGGAACAGAGAAGCUGCUGUCCACACAGCCAUCCGACAGUUACGCAUUGAAGGCGCCACUCUGCUGUACAUUCACAAGCUCUGCCAUGUCUUCUUUACCAGCCUGUUGGAGACUGCCAGAGAGUUUGAAACAGACUUCUCUGGCAACAGCGGGUGCUAUUCUGCUUUUGUUGUCUGGGCCCGGUCCGCUAUGAGGAUGUUUGUGGAUGCCUUCAGUAAGCAGGUGUUUGACAGUAAGGAAAGCUUAUCCACUGCUGCUGAGUGUGUAAAGGUGGCAAAGGAACACUGCAAACAGCUCAGCGAGAUUGGCCUGGAUCUGACCUUCAUCAUCCACACCCUGCUUGUGAAGGAUAUCAAAGGCGCUUUGCAGAGCUACAAGGAUAUCAUCAUCGAGGCCACAAAGCACCGUAACUCUGAGGAGAUGUGGCGGAGAAUGAACCUGAUGACCCCGGAGGCUUUAGGGAAGCUUAGGGAGGAGAUGCGGAGCUGCGGCGUGACCAGUUUUGACCAGUACACCGGCGACGACUGCUGGGUGAAUCUUAGCUACACCGUGGUGGCCUUCACCAAACAGACCAUGGCUUUCUUGGAGGAAGCACUCAAACUGUACUUCCCAGAAUUGCACAUGGUCCUGCUGGAAAGCCUGUUGGAGAUUAUCCUUGUAGCUGUCCAGCAUGUUGACUAUAGUUUACGGUGCGAACAGGACCCUGAGAAGAAAGCCUUCAUCAGGCAGAAUGCAUCUUUCCUUUACGAAACUGUCCUUCCUGUAGUGGAGAAGAGAUUUGAAGAAGGGGUUGGAAAGCCAGCUAAGCAACUGCAAGAUCUGAGGAAUGCUUCAAGACUGAUGCGUAUUAAUCCUGAAAGUACUACCUCUGUGGUCUGACGUUUUAACGCCUUGGGUCUUUUCUUACAAAAGAUUGUGUAUAUACAGAAUACAUGUUUAUAUACAUGCAUGUCUAUAACCUUUUUCAAAUUUCUGACCGCACCACAAUCCCCUUUGGCUAAUUAUGCCUUGCAAAUAACUUAGAAGGCAAAGAAAAAGAGGAGGGGUUGAUAUAACUAGGAAUGUAGUUGGAUAAACUACAUGUAGCCCAUUUCCUCUGAAGGUCCUCUUGUGAAAUUUUAGAUUAAGGAAGUCACCUA